AUGUAUGCUUGUCAGUUUUCCAUAUCUCUUACUAAUCAUUUGCCCGCCCUCUCCUCCAGCCCACAUCCUCUGCUUGCACGCCUACAGGCCGGCACACGCCAUACGUGGGGGGCAGCAGCGACGGGGAAGCAGCGACGGGCGAGGCAGCAAGGGGGAAGCAGCGACGGGCGAGGCAGCGAGGGGGAGGCAGCAAGGGGGAGGCAGCGAGGGGGAGGCAGCAAGGGGGAGGCAGCGAGGGGGAGGCAGCAAGGGGGAGGCAGCGAGGGGGAGGCAGCAAGGGGGAGGCAGCGAGGGGGAGGCAGCAAGGGGGAGGCAGCGAGGGGGAGGCAGCGAGGGGGAGGCAGCAAGGGGGAGGCAGCGAGGGGGAGGCAGCGAGGGGGAGGCAGCGACGGCUCUGGUGGGAUGGCUUUCGCCGCCGCGGCCAACGAGAUCACUGGACCGCUGCUCCUGAGCACUGCUGCCCAACGGCUGCUGCCGAACGACUGCUUGCCAACGGCUGCUGCCGAACGACUGAGGCGAGGAGGAAUGGCGCCACUGCUGCCGCACCGGAGGAACUUAGCGCAGGGCAAGCAGCAAGGCAGCGUGUGCCUGCCUGCCCUCUCCACACCGGCAGCAGCAAGGCCAGGAGGCAACGCUGUUGGUGACACUGGGGCACAACGCAUGGGCGUGGGGAGGCCAGGAGCUGCAGAGGAGGUGCAGAGGAGAGGAGGUGCAGAGGAGAGGAGGUGCAGAGGAGAGGAGGUGCCAGAAUCACUGACUGGCGGGGCUCCUCUGCCAUUCACCUUCACGGGGCCCACCCUCGGCCUCUGCGGCUACUCACAUACCUCCAGCACCUUGGCCCUUGGAUCUGUCCUCUUCCAUGCCUCUGUCUCACGUCCUCCUGACCCGCACUCCGUCCUCACUCCCCCCCCUUCCAUUCCCUUCAGCACGUGGGGCGAGGAGGGCGAGGGGGCAGCGCGGCGGGGCAGCAAGAGGACUUCUCUGCUUAAUCCCCGCCUUCCUUUCCUUCAGGGCUUCACGUGGGGCGAGGAGGGCGAUGGGGCAGCGCGCGCGCAUCAAGUGGCGUCCCUCUGGUUAACCCCCCCCUUCCAUUCCCUUCAGUAUGGUGGGCAGCGUGGAGACGACACGGCGGGCGGCACGGACGGAGGUGAGGUGCUGCUCCAUCGCUGCAGCGGGAUCUACUCGUGGGACGAGGAGGGCGACGGGGCAGCGCGCGCGCAUCAAGAGGCGUCCCUCUGGUUAACCCCCCCCUUCCAUUCCCUUCAGCAUGGCGGGCAGCGUGGAGACGACGUGGCGGGCGGCACGGACGGAGGUGAGGUGCUGCUCCAUCGCUGCAGCGGGGUCUACUCGUGGGGCGAGGAGGGCGACGGGGCAGCGCGCGCGCAUCAAGAGGCGUCCCUCUGGUUAACCCCCCCCUUCCAUUCCCUUCAGCAUGGCGGGCAGCGUGGAGACGACACGGCGGGCGGCACGGGCGGAGGGUCCAAGACCGAAGACCGCCUCCGACUGCGGCAUAGGUGUUGUGCGGCAGGGGUUGCUGACGGCGUUGGGACGGACGCCUCCCGCGCCUGA